AUGAUGUCGACCGAUUCCAUUCAUCACGCUUUUCGCGGCCUCGACCUCUCGGAUCCUCAGCACGAUCCCAGGAAGCAGCAGCAUCACCACCAACAACAACAGCAGUCCUUUGCCUCUCCACCUCGACAUGCCGGCUCGCUUCGAUCGCCCACUAUUGUCACUACGGAUUUGCCAGGGCAGCCCGGCUACACCUCAAACCCCAACACCGCACAGUCGGCUGCCUCGCUCGGUGAGAGUGCGGCUGCCCGCUUCGAACGAUUCUUCCCCUCGUCCCCCAACACCACAGGUUCCAACCCUUCUUCCGCAGGUCAAACCUUCACAAGCUCCAUCGGCUCCGCGGCUGGUCUAGCCACCAACGGUGCCUUUGGCAGUUUUGGUCACAGCCUCGCUCCAGGCAGCAUGGGUAGCUCCGGCAUCGGCUCCGGUCACUUUGGCUCCAGUAGCAACGGUCCACGCAAGGCCUCCAGUCGAGCUGCCCUCCCGGCCCAGUGGAGUGCUCCCGAUCCGCCCUCGCUCAGCCCUCCUGCUGGUGCCUCGCCUCCUAAAAAUGCCGCUUUCCAAACCUACGCGCAGCCAGCUGAUUUUGGUAACGGCGGCAGCGCCGACGAUGACGAUGUGAUUCCAACCGCCAUCGUCGUCAAGAACAUCCCCUUCAGCGUCAAGAAGGAGCAGUUGCUUCGCAUCAUUGAAGACCUUGGCAUCCCCAUGCCCUACGCCUUUAACUAUCACAUGGACCAAGGUGUCUUUCGUGGCCUCGCUUUCGCUAACUUCCGCAGCGCCGAAGAAGCCGAUGCGGUCGUCGCUGCUCUCAACGGCUUUGACGUCAGUGGGCGCAAGCUGCGCGUCGAGUACAAAAAAGUGCUCCAGGCAGGCGAGAAGGAGCGCAUCGAAAAGGAAAAAGCCAUCAAACGCAUGCAGAGCAUGCAGCUUGAAAAGGAACGAGAGCGCGAACGACGUCGCCAAACUGAUGAGUACGCUGCCAACGCCUAUCUCAUGCCUGGAUACAACGGCAGUGCCAGUCACCUCGCUCCGUCCGAUGCGUACCUCGGUGUCGAUUCCAACCCUAGUUCGCAACAAUACGACGUUGGUGUUCUUGCUCCGCUCACGGCAGAUUCGCUCAGGAAGGUGCCUUCGUCGCAGCGUCUUGCGGCGGCUAUCGAGCGACCCACGGGUCCUUCCUCUUCUACCAGCAAUGCCGGUGUGAGUGGCGGUGGCAGUGCUGCUGCUGCUUCUUCUUCGGCCACCAAAAAGGAAGAGCUGGAUCUCAACGAUGCGGCUACACUCGAAAUCUACUCGCGCGUCUUGCUGUUCAAAGACGAUCGCAUGCGCGACGAGCUGUCCUUCUCACGCAGUCUGACGCCGCUCGAGCGCCGCACCGUGCACUUGGUGGCGCAGAGGCUGGGCCUGUUCCAUUACUCGAUGGGCGAGGGCGACGAGCGCUACGUGGUUGUCACCAAAAACGAUGUCAGUGCUCAAACGCGUCCUCUGCGCAGCCAGGCGUCGACCAUUGGUAGGGCACAGCGGUCCACCGGGUUCGACAGUUCUGCUUCUGCGACCGCGGGUGGCUUCCUGGGUCCGGGAAGUGCAGCCACAACGGGCCGGGCCGGACUGAGGCUCAAGAAGUCGGCGCCAGACAUGAAGCGCGAUCGCGAGGGGUCGACGGGUUACAGCGGUGGAGGUGGCAACGGGUAUCUGCACUCGGGUAACGGGAGCUUGGCGGUGCGCAAGUCGAACUCGAACCUGCGCGAUGGGUAUGCGUCCACGUCCGGUCGCCGCGCACUCAACAGCAGCAGCAGUGGUAACGCCCCUGGGGGAGCAGCAGGACUGCAGAGCCUCUUCUCGUCGCCGUUCGACGCCCCACCGCCCGUACCAGCCCUGCCUGAGAUGUUGCCGAGCCAAAACUCGUCGCCGACGCACUCGAGCCUGCUGCGUCAACCGCGAGGACCUCCCGCUCCCGGGUCAGAGGCCCGCAACUUUGCCGUCCGCUCGCGCGUCCCCACUGCGUCGAGCAGCAGCGGAGGCACUGGGGGCUCUACCCCACCUCCACCGCCCCCGCAUGCCGGGUUUCAGCUGCAUGUCAACGGCUCGCCGACGAAAGCGAGCUAUCAGGAUUUGCAGGCGACCACGCAUGAGCCGUUGCAGUUUUAG